AUGGAUCGCUUCGACACCGAGCUAUUCAUCGAUGAGGUGGAAAAGAGACCUGCUUUGUGGGACAUCCAAUGUGCAGAAUAUUCCAAUAAAAUUAUUAGAAACGGAGCUUGGCAGGAGCUGGUGGAGAUUUUUGGAGAAAAUGAGGAUUCUUUGGAAAAAAAGGUUCUUUUUGGUGUAACAUUACAAAAAAAGUGGAAGAAUAUACGGGAUGCUUAUAAUAAGGAAUUCAAGAAAGGCAAAUCAAUUCCUUCUGGUUCUGGUGCAUUACCCAAUAAAAGGAAGAAGACUAAAAUUACUUCAGAAGAGCGAUUGGCUGACAUAUUAGAAAAUAGCAUUGAAUCAAGGGAUAAAAUACAGAGACAAUUACAAGAAAGUAAUACAGAAAGGGCAGAAAUUACCAGCGCCUAUUCAUAUCACGAGCCAGCAGAACACGCCUAA